AUGCUGGUGGAGGUCCAGGGCCACAGCUUGUCGACGAAGAGCUCCCCCAACCCCGUCACCUCCCAGGAGGCAGAUGAGCUGCUGGUGCAGCUGAAGGAGAAGCUCUCUGAGACCCCCAGCUGGCUCCAGGGAGGCGAGGUGACGGCCAUCGGGGGCCCCAACUCCAUGUUCUGUGUCGCUUCCGAGGCGCUGGAGAGGCGCAGCUACCAGGCCCACGACAUCCGCGCGGUGCUGGGGGAGCUGCUGGGUCUCACGGACGAGGAGCUGAUGACGCGGGCCUUCUGCCAAGGGGAGCUGCGUGAGCCCCCGGGCUUCAUCAUCCCCAAGCUGGCGCUGCUGCUGGCGGUCAUGGAGCACUGCCAGCUGAAGGAGGUUCAGUUCUGCGCGGCCAUCGGGUCCUGCCCGGGUCUGCUCAUCGGAGACGGCUGGGAGUGA